AUGGCAAACCAAAACCCUCCUUCAAUUCCUAUAUCAAACUCUGAAAUCACCAUAACCAAUCCAACCAAACAUUUCUCAGCAAACAUGAUUAUCAAGAAAGUGAAAACCAACCUGGUUUUUCACUCAAAAUGGGGUGAACUAAAUGGUGCUAUGGGUGACCUUGGCACCUAUAUACCUAUAGUUCUUUCCUUGACUUUAUCAAAGAACCUCAACCUUGGCACCACAUUAAUCUUCACAGGUGUAUACAACAUUCUCACUGGUACCAUUUAUGGGGUCCCUAUGCCUGUCCAGCCCAUGAAGUCUAUUGCCGCGGAGGCUUUAUCGGAUACCACCUUUGGUGUAGCGGAGAUCAUGGCGGCUGGAAUCUUGACUAGUGUCGCGGUGUUUUUAUUGGGUGCCACGGGGUUGAUGCAGCUGGUGUACAAGUUUAUUCCUUUAUCUGUUGUGAGGGGAAUUCAACUAGCACAAGGUUUAUCAUUUGCUUUAACUUCUGUUAAAUAUGUGAGAAAAAUGCAAGAUCUUCCAAAGUCUAAAGCUUUGGGUCCAAGGCCUUGGUUUGGGUUAGAUGGGUUGGUUUUAGCCAUUGUUUGUGUUUGUUUUAUUGUCAUUGUGAAUGGUGCUGGUGAUGGUGAGAGUGAAAAUCAUCAUAGGUGUUGUAAUGGUGUAAAAAAGAGGACUAGUAGAGUGAGGAAAAUUGUUUUUUCACUUCCUUCUGCUUUUAUAAUCUUUGUUUUAGGUGUUAUUUUGGCAUUCAUAAAAAAGCCAAAUGUGGUUCAUGAAAUUGAAUUUGGACCCUCUUCAAUAGAAGUGGUGAAGUUCACUAAACAUGCAUGGAAGAAAGGUUUUGUGAAAGGUACAAUUCCACAACUACCUUUGACAAUCUUGAACUCUGUGAUAGCUGUUUGUAAAUUGUCAAAGGAUUUGUUUCCUGAAAAGGACUUUUCAGUCACUUCACUUUCAGUGACAGUUGGGUUGAUGAAUUUGGUUGGUUGUUGGUUUGGUGCAAUGCCAUCUUGCCAUGGUGCUGGUGGAUUAGCAGGACAGUAUAAAUUUGGUGGAAGGAGUGGAGGGUGUGUGGCACUUCUUGGUGUUGCGAAAUUGGUAUUGGGAUUGGUUUUAGGAACAUCUUUGGCGCAUAUAUUGAACAUGUUUCCUGUUGGGAUAUUAGGUGUGUUGCUUUUGUUUGCUGGCAUUGAACUUGCUAUGUGUGCUAGAGAUAUGAAUAGCAAAGAAGAUUCAUUUGUGGCACUUAUUUGCACUGCUGUUUCAUUGGUUGGAUCAAGUGCUGCUCUUGGAUUUUUGGUUGGAAUGGUUGUCUAUUUGCUUCUUAAGCUAAGGAAUUGGACAAAAGAUAAACCAUAA